AUGCUCCCUCUUGAUAUCUACAUUGCCAUUCUGGAGUCGGUGGAGCCGCAACGCGCAGAGCUUGACGCUGUUUCGACGCUUGUAAAUUGUUUGAAAACAAACAGACUGUUGCAUGAAGCUGCUGCCCGACCCGGUCUGUGGGAAGCCCACUAUCGGGUGCGAUACCAGCAUUCGAAUCGGGACACAGAAGCUGAGCUGACGACCCUUUUCAACGAUGACUGGCGCCUCAAAUAUGCUGAAAGGCGCCGCCGCGACCGCGAAGCCCUGGCUCUUCUUGAACAAAUGGUCCUUGACCGAGAACACCGUUAUGAAUAUGCGGCAACUCUGGCGGUCAAGUCUUUCGACAUCUGGGAUGCAUUCGAAGUUGAAUGCAUCCUGCCUGCUCCCGCGCUGUUUGGCACGUCUGUGACCUAUGCCCUCACGCGACGGUACUGGGCUGAGGGCGUGCUGAACAUGAUUCUUCGCAGCUCUGCGAUAAAACACUGGGGCGGACUUGUGGACGGCGGGAAUUCGGUGUCGUUCGUGGAUGCUUUCUCUUCAUUGUCCUGCUUUUUUGGCAAAUCAUUCCAAGAGAUCUCGUCUUCGCUUGCCGCAUUGAAUGAACAAUGUCGCAUGUACCUCUUGAAAAAAUCCUGCGAAAUAGAUCCCGAAUCUCCGGGGUAUAACCUCUCAGGAUUGUGCACCGAGAUUUGCCACUUCAUGAGUGAAGACCAGGGUUUUGGUCCUGUCGAAUCUACACGAUUCUACAAUGUCUUGAACCAUUUCCCGCAUGCCUACCUAGACACCAAUAAGAAAACACUCCCCAUCUACCUUGUUCACGUGUUCGUCUCUCUGGCCAGGUCCCUCGGCAUACCAGCGUCACCCGUAGAAUUUCCCGGCCGGGUCCUAGUACAUGUCGCCUCCCCACCCGGCGCUGAUGACUUCAUGGUGGACGUUUUCGGUUCAUCGCUCGUUUCUCUACGACAUGAUCUCCCAGCGAUGCUCUUGCGGUUGGGAAUUGCUCCCGACAACAUAGAGCGCUAUGUGGCCCCGUGCGGUGCUGCCCCCAUGCUCCUUCGCGCUGCCCGCAAUAUUUUCUCCUCCCUGCAGAACAGCGAUUCACCCUCACAAGCCGCGGUCUACGUUACCGUCUGCAUUCAUCUUCUCCUCUCCGACGAGCCACAGCUGGUAUCGCACAUGCUCUCCCGCGUUCCCUCACUCGACCCGCUUUAUUGCUCAACUUUUCUCGCAGACAUGAGGCCUCUGCUGCAAGGAGGCAAUGUCCGGCUGCUCGACAAGAUCUGUGCAAGUGUUAUGGAGACAGAAAAGUCGGAGGCUGCAGCCCUCCACUUGCGCACGGACGAUAUCAAAAUUGCGCAUUAUGUCGGAAUGACGUUCAAGCAUCGAGUGUACGGCUACACGGGCUGUAUAGUUGGUUGGGACCCGGUUUGUGCGGCAAGCGACGAAUGGAAAACCUUGAUGCAGGUCGGCCGUCUGGAUCGAGGGGCUGACCAGCCAUUUUAUCACGUCAUCAGUCUUGAAGGUACCCAGCGAUAUGUCGCAGAGGACAAUAUCGCGAAGCCGGUUGAGCUAACGGCAGAACUCGCGAUGCUUUUCCUAGAACAGGUCAGCAUUAUGGGCCGGUAUUUCAGCGAUGCAUAUACGCAUCCUGAAGCUUAUCGCGGCCGAUGGCGCUUGAGUCCGGAGUUACAACGACAGUAUCCAAACGAUGAAGACGCUGCACGGAAAUACGACGAUUACCCCGAGUAA